AUGCUCCUUCUAUUCGAGUGGAAGAAGCGAAGAGGAGAUGCAGCACAUGGGGCGUCAAAAAAUGAGAGAAAUGUCCUAAUUGAUUUUCGCUCAUUCUCCUCCCCCCAAAAAUUUUUUGGUUCUCUAUGA